UCAUUCAGACUCUCCUCUCCGGACGCGAUGGCGAGACUCAUCCUUGUGGCGCUCGUGGUUAUUUCGUCGACUGAGCAGCUUCAAGCGAGACUGAAGAAACAUAAUCCUUCUGCAAAAGGCCUCCAGUCUCUGAUCAGAGGCGAUUCUGAUGAUAUCCUUGGAAGCACACGAUUUUUGGUUCGUCAAGAUGACACCAAACAGCCAAAAGUUUCUGAAUUAAAGGUUCUUGAUAAUCCCACACAUGCUAACGCCUCAGGAUUUAUCAUACCAAGGGAGGAUUCCACUCAUCCUAACGCCUCAGGAUUUAUCAUACCGAGAGAAAGCCUAACGCACCCCACAGGAUUUAUCACACCGAAGGAAAAUUCAAACAGACCAAAGGCCUCGGGUUUCAUCUUUCCACGGGGGACUUCGAGGAAAUCCCGUGGCCUGAAGUCGGAUUUACCUGCUUUGCCCGCCAGCCUCGAGGAAUCCAAAAAAAUGAAGCGAGAAGAACAAAAUCACGUUGAAAAUUUACUCGGGAAAUCUCGUUUACAGAUGGACAGAAGAGCGGUGUCCUGCGGCCCCCACAUCCUGCAGCCAGGGACCAAAGUCACGAUCGCCACCAAGCGCUUCCCUCGGCCUUAUCCUGCAGGAUACAAGUGCUUCUGGUCCUUUCAGGUAGCAGGAAGUCCAAACGACGGCAAGCUGCAGUUGCAGUGCACGACCUUCCUCCUCCCAAGUUGCUGGCGAGGCUCCUGGCGCUGGAGGAGACGCUGCCGGGGCAACUACCUCGCCCUCUCCCACUCCUCCACCAACAUGUACAAAAAGUACUUCGGCAGAAAGGGACCCGAUGAUGUAACCACAGAAGGCGGUGUCCUUAAGCUUUUCCUCAGCACCGUAAGAGGUUUCCGAGCAAGGGGCUUUUCCUGCAGCGUCGAGGCAUUCGCUGGUAGUACGACAACCACCACAACCACCACUCCAGCUCCUGAGGUAGAUGUAUGUGAACUCGCAGAAACCCGCUGUGGAAUAAAUCACAGAAGAAAUACAAACCGCAUUGUGUCCGGCCAAAACGCGGGCGUAGGGGCGUGGCCGUGGGUGGGCGGUCUCACUCUACGGGGAGAUUCGGGCGUGUUCUGUGGCGCAACACUUAUCCAUCCCGAGUGGGCGCUUACGGCCGCCCACUGUGCUGAGGCGAUCAAGACUAAUGGUGUUGAGGCAGACUUGCUCCUCGGCGCCCAUGACCUGUUGCAUCCUCAGCCUCAGUUGCAACGCAGACAGAUCACGGACUUGAAUUCUCACCCGCUGUACGACAGUUCCACGCUCGACAACGACAUCGCCCUCGUGCGUCUGGCAUCUCCGGCAAUCAUGACCGAACACGUCCAUUUAGCGUGCCUGUCGCCGGAGAGAAGUUUGCAGUCUCGAGGCAUCGUUACAGGCUGGGGCUUGCUUGAGGAAGGAGGGUCCUCCGCCCAGAUCCUGCAGGAGGCGGAGGUGGGCGUGGUGGAGUGGGCGGAGUGUCGCAAGGCCUAUGGCAGUGAACUCAAGUCCUCCAUGCUGUGCGCGGGCGGCGCUCUCGGCGAUGCAUGUCAGGGCGACAGCGGGGGCGGCCUCGUGUUCCAGGCGCCGAGUGGGCGGUGGGCGGUCGCGGGCGUGGUGUCCUGGGGGUAUGGCUGUGCACGGCCAGGCUACCCCGGGGUCUACGCGAAUGUUAGAAAUUUCCUUCCCUGGGUGAAAAUCACGACGGGUUUAGCUAAAUGUCAAAGACCUGGGCCAUCGACAUCCAGCUCCACACCAGACGGCAU